AUGCCACCUGGCUAUGUUGGACCAGGAAGCAGAAUUAAAGUAAGAAAAGAGGGGGAGAUCAUCACUGAAACACAAAAAUCAAAGAAAGUUUGUAAACUUCUCAAGUCUCUCUAUGGACUCAAACAAGCACCUAGGCAAUGGUUUGCCAAACUUAGCUCUGCUCUGAAAACAUAUGGUUUCACUCAGUCCAGGUCUGACUACUCCUUGUUCACCAAAGAAACUGAAUCAGACUUGACAGUCAUUCUUGUGUAUGUGGAUGAUCUAAUUGUUGCUGGCACCAAUCUCAAUGAAAUCAAUGCAGCAAAAGCAUUUCUUUCAAGUCAGUUUCAUAUGAAAGACAUGGGAGAGCUGAGAUAUUUUCUGGGAAUAGAAGUUGACAGAACAGAUGAUGGAAUCUUUCUGUCACAAAAGAAGUACACACUUGAUCUGUUGGAAGAAUAUGGGUUGUCUCAAUGCAAAGCUCUAAAAUUGCCAAUGGACAGCCAUCAAAAACUUGCUGCUGAUAUUGGUGAAUCUCUUCCUCACCCUGAAGUGUAUCAACAAUUGGUUGGGAAACUCAUCUAUCUCACCAUUACUAGACCUGAUAUUGCUUAUACUGUGCAUGUUUUAAGCAAAUUCAUGCAUGCUCCAACAUCUAUUCACCUUCAAGCAGCCAAAAGGGUUCUUAGAUAUCUAUUAGGUGCACCUGGUCAAGGGAUUUUGCUUGCUAGCAAGUCCAGUGCUCAUCUAACAGCAUUCUGUGACAGUGACUGGGCAGGAUGUCAAAAUACAAGAAGGUCCACUUCAGGUUUCUGCAUUCUAGUGGGUGAAUCUCCUAUAUCCUGGAAAUCAAAAAGACAAAGUGUUGUGUCUAGAAGCAGUGCUGAAGCUGAAUAUAGGGCAAUGGCUCUAACUGUGUGUGAAGUAAUGUGGCUGCAACAACUUCUACAAGAUCUUGGCAUUAAGAACAUGGGGAAUACACCAAUCAUGUGUGACAAUCAAGCAGCUCUUGCCAUUGCAGCUAACCCAGUGCAUCAUGAAAGAACAAAGCAUGUUGAUAUUGAUUGCCACUUCAUCAGAGAAAAGACUGUAGAGGGCACUAUCAAUCCAUGCUAUGUCACUUCCUCUGAACAAGUUGCAGAUGUGUUUACUAAGGUGUUGCCUACCACACAGCACACUCAUCUUCUGUCCAAGCUUGGAGUUCGAUCCACCUCACUCUCAGCUUGA